CGACCUGCCAUCACCCUAGUUACGACCUUAUUCUGUCCCUGUUAAUUGCAGUUCUCUGGUCAAUCUGGAGUCCUGUGCAAGUUAGUUGUCAUAGUGACAGCUCCAUCCUGCUGCAGGAUAUUCAUAUAUGGGACCAUGGCAGAAGUGCUGGAAAUGUGGUGUCGGCUUACAUAGUAGCUUCAGCCAAAUAAGGGCAUGAACUUCAGUCCAAUGAGAACCUCAUCAGUUACCAACUGAAUCAGGGCAUGGAGGAUUUCUUUUAAAGAAUCGUUUCAGGAAUGUAUUUAGUAAAAACCUUAGACAUUAUUUAAAUAGUAUUUGGAAUCUUAUACUACUUGGCUAAAAUGAGCACUAAAUGUUGACCAACAAUUUCAUGCUGGGGUUUGUGGACCUUAUUGGAGCACCCGUGCGCUGAAGGAAGGCAAAAAACUGCAGAAUUUGUACCGAGUUUCGUUGUAGUUGCUACUGAAUAGUAACCUAGCAGUCAAAGCUCACAUUUUUGGACAAUGAAUCGUUCUUCCCAGGACACUGACUCUCGUGGCUUUCAGGAAGACGGGAAGCUUUAUGUUGUGGAUUCCAUAAAUGACUUGAACAAACUAAACCUGUGUCCUGCUGGAUUGCAGCCUGUGUUCCCUCUAGAGGAGAAAAUCCCAGUCCUCGGCACUAACUCGGGAAAUGGAAGCUGCAGUCUGUUCUUCGUGGGGCUGAUAAUUAUGCUGAUUGUCAGCCUGGCACUGGUUUCCUUCGUGAUAUUUCUAAUAAUUCAAACUGGAAGCAAGAUGGAAGAUGUGUCAAGAAGAUUAACAGCUGAGGGAAAGGACAUAGACGAUCUUAAGAAAAUCAACAGCAUGAUCUUGAUGCGACUCAACCAACUGGACUCUGAACAGAACUAGAGAAAUUCUCUUUCAAGAGUAACUGCUAACAUGUUAACUGUGUCUGUACAGGGUUAAGAACUGAGAAAGUGCAUUUGCCCGGGCAGCAGAUUUUCUGGAUAGUGAACCCAGCUCUGGGGCCUACUUACCGCUGCAGGGAUGGGAGCAACUUCAAGACAUGGGGGUUUGGGGAUAGCAGCCUCAUUUAAUGGUAUGGUCCUGCAGCUUUAAUGGGGCUAAAUGUGGGUGGUGUGAACAAGUGGCUGGCAUGGAGGGGAAUCGGUAGUAUGCAAAAGAGUGGCUGCAUAAUUACAACUUCUCUUACAGAAGGAGCUUUGUUAUUAGAACAUCACUGUGUCAAUCACGUUUAUGAUGCCUUGUGCACCUUCACAGAUUCCUGUGAAAACCCAAUGAAUAUUUCUAAUUAGACUUAGAUGAUCAUUCUCUUUAAUAAAAGGGAUUCUGUUCAGGUGAAUGGACUUUGGCACUUAUUUUCCCAGGGACAGGGGACUGGUGGACUUCAGAGCUAGUUGUCACAUGGUGUUUGCUGGCAGAAAUAGAUGUGUGGUGGUGGAAAGGGAGGAGUCAAAAGAGAAAGCUUAGUUAAUUGAUUUAACUAAUGUUUAUUGAGCUCCUAUUUUGUGCAAACCAUCCUACUCUAGAGGAAGUUCAAGUAGGGAAAAAAGGAAAUGUACAUAAAUAAAAUAUGAGAUUAAAAUGGU